GGGAAUUUACAGGCAAUGAGUAGCCUGGAAAGACGCCAAUGGCUGCUGGAUUAUCUAUGGAGUCAUUCUAGUAAGAAUGAAAUGUCAGAAAAUCAGAAAAGCGAUACAAAUUUCAAAAGGAAGGGGUGCCAGACAAAGUCCAUGAAAGCCAUUGGUUGGUUGAAGCUUUAUGCCCAAAACUAUGGAGAAAAGAGUCCAAACAGCCACCACAUCCAUUUGCCUCCCUGCUCCACAAAACUCCACGUAUAUGAUCUGAUGGAUGAGGAGUCACAGGGAGAUUUGAUGUCACCAGUCUCAUUGAGCCAUUUCCUCAGUUUGUGGAGAAGUGAAGCUUCUCAUAUUGCCAUACCAAAGGUUUAA